UCGGCGCGGGGGCCGUUGGCUCCAGACAAAUAAACAUGGAGUCCAUCUUCCACGAGAAACAAGAAGGCUCACUUUGUGCUCAGCAUUGCUUGAAUAACCUAUUGCAAGGAGAAUACUUUAGCCCUGUGGAAUUAUCUUCAAUUGCACAUCAGCUCGAUGAAGAAGAGAGGAUGAGAAUGGCAGAAGGAGGAGUUACUAGCGAAGACUAUCGCACAUUUUUACAGCAGCCUUCUGGAAAUAUGGAUGACAGUGGUUUUUUCUCUAUUCAAGUUAUAAGCAAUGCCUUGAAAGUUUGGGGUUUAGAACUAAUCCUGUUUAACAGUCCAGAGUAUCAGAGGCUGAGGAUCGAUCCUAUAAAUGAAAGAUCAUUUAUAUGCAAUUAUAAAGAACACUGGUUUACGGUUAGAAAAUUAGGAAAACAGUGGUUCAACUUGAAUUCUCUCUUGACGGGUCCAGAAUUAAUAUCAGACACAUACCUUGCACUUUUCUUGGCUCAGUUACAACAGGAAGGUUAUUCUAUAUUUGUUGUUAAGGGUGAUCUGCCGGAUUGUGAAGCUGACCAACUCCUACAGAUGAUCAGGGUCCAACAGAUGCAUCGACCAAAACUUAUUGGCGAAGAACUAGCACAACUGAAAGAACAGAGGGUCCAGAAAACAGAUCUGGAACGAGUCUUAGAAGCAAAUGAUGGGUCAGGAAUGUUAGACGAAGAUGAAGAGGAUUUGCGGAGGGCUCUGGCAUUAAGUCGCCAAGAAAUUGACAUGGAAGAUGAAGAAGCAGAUCUCCGCAGGGCUAUUCAGCUCAGUAUGCAAGGUACUUCCAGAAUUGUAUCUCAAGAUAUUCCACAGAUGUCAGGUACACAUCUUACUUCAGAAGAGCUACGGAAGAGAAGAGAAGCCUACUUUGAAAAGCAGCAGCAGCAGCAGCAGCAGCAGCAGCAGCAGCAGCAGCAGCAGCAGCAGCAGCAGCAAGAGCCACCAGGACAGCUUACACAGCCAUGUGAAAAGCCGACCACAAGUUCAGGCGCACUUGGCAGUGAUCUAGGUGAUACUAUGAGCGAAGAAGACAUGCUUCAGGCAGCUGUAACCAUGUCGUUAGAAACUGUUAGAAAUAAUUUCAAAACAGAAGGAAAAAAAUAAUACCUUUUACAAAUCAUUUAGUUAUUCAUACUUUCCAAUAUUAUCCUGUGUCGUUACAGUAUAGGGUCCACUUUGGUAAUGUGUCAAAGAGAACAGUUUUCAACAGAGGAAGUAAGACUUAGGUGGUUUGCAAACAAAAAGAUGAGAUGUUAGAAAAAUGCAUCAGUUGUAGGACUAAAUAAUGAUCCAAACACUAGCCAAAGAGGCAUUCAGCAAUUAAAGACAUUUAAAAUAGUUUUCUAAAUGUUCCUUUUUCUUUUUUGAGUGUGCAAUAUCUAACAUGUCUAAAAUUAGGGCAUUUUUCUUGGAUCUUUUUGCAGACCAACUGAUUACAAUUAGCUCUUGCCACAAAACUGUUCCCACACAAUUUGUUUUCUUUUCCUUCCGUUCUCGUAGGGAAUUUGGCUCACUUUCAUCUUCUAAGAGUUGCUUUUACUUCUCAUUAACCAAAUUGACCUUUUAGGACAAUGUCUCUUCUGUGUUGGUAACAGUAAUAGUUCUGGAAGGAUAACCUGUUUUCCCUCCGACUGUGUAUCGUGCACUUCAUUGUUUUCUCACGUUGUUUUCUCUGAUCACAAUUUCUCCGCUCCUUGGUUUUCAUUACUUUUGACAAUUCUUUUGAAAGAUGGUAAUCUUUCUUGAGGUUUUGUUUCUUAAACACUGUAAAAGGGGCUCAUUAUUUCAUGAUUCUGAUGCAUUCCUAAACUCUGAAAGCAGCUCUGCACAAGUAUUUGAGAAUAAAUGAGAAUUUUGUUAGUGUAUGAGCACGUCCUUUCCCAGAUGCUUUGUAAUGUCUUCCCAGUUACGUCAGAACUUUACAGGUUUGUUGUAACCCUCUUUCCUGCACCUUGUUAUUUCCUUUUCUUCUCCAGUUGAGAAAAAUAGGAGAAGCAUAGUGUGCAAGCCAGUUUCUUUCUUUUGUAAAAUAACAUACAGUGCCCACCAUGAAUGUAUGAUAAACCUUGGCCUUCAAUUUUAUUAGCAGUUUGAUUUUAUUUUCUCUCUUGUGACUGGAGAUACUGGUUUUGUUUACAGUUGAGUCAUGGAAUGUAGAGGUAUCCUUCUGCUGUACAUCUUUUAGUAGGUAUAGCUUGCCAGAGGUCUAGAUGAUCUAGAACAUGAAAGUAAUUUACCAACAAAAUGACAUUUAAAUUUAUAUUGUGAUUUGACACUUGCAUCAUGUUUAAAUACCAUAGAAUUACAGAAGUAACGGUAGUUAAUGAGUCUGUAAAUAAGAAAGUCUUUAGUUUUGAUAAACAUUCUUUAAUUGAGAUGCACACAGAGUUUUUUGCUGGGUCAAUACAAUGGGAUGAUUUUGGUGAAAAUUAACUAUGCCCUCUGAAAUGGGCCUUUUAGAUUCUGUCACCUACUCCCCUUCCCUCAUUCUCCAUCCCCUUUUGAAGCCCUGUUGAAUGCUGAAUUGUCAUAAGCUAAAAUUUAAGAAGAAACUUCAGCUGACAACUUAGAAAAUUAAAGUAUGGUAUAUUGCCAUACCCUGGUGUAUGGCUACACACAUUUUAUCAGGGAAAAUUUUUUGAUGUAGAACUUACUGAUAAAAGAGAUGAGAAAAUGUCUUUAUUUAUGAUUAUGAAAUAGCUUUUUCUUUUUUUUAGUCAUUUUGUGCCAAGUAAGUUUUCCGAAGUUUCCCUUAUGUAAAAUUAGACAGUUUUAUUUUAAAACUAAAGUUUUCUUUUGACAGCAGAAAAUGUUUCAGAAAAAUUAUAAAGCUUUAGAACUGCAAGGGAUGUUGGGGUUUGGUACAAAUCCCUAAGAUUUACAAACCAAAAUAUUUUAAGACUGAACUUUUGUAAUUAUCCCCAGUGUGCUGGUCAUAUUUUCCGUGGAUAUUUGGCCUUUACCUUUUCCCAUUGAAAAAUUACGUUAAACUUUCCGUGCAUUUGAAUUGAUGAGCUACCUAAUAUAAAAAUGAGAAAACAAAUACGCGUUUAAAAGUUUUAACAUUCAUUAGAGUUUAUAAAGUUCUUACAUUACACACCCUUGCUAAAGCACUUAAGGAAAUACGGCAUGUUGACCUUCCUUUGUUAGGGAUUUUUUUUUAAGUAGAGCUGAGCACACACUGGAUACAUUUGAAUGUGUUUAGUUCGUUGUGAAGUUGCUGUUUGACAGGCAGAUUCAGAAUCACUAGUGAACUGCCAUCUCGUAUGCAUUGGCUUAAACUUAAUCACACGCUUAGAUUCCAUUUCUUAAUUGAUUGGCCAGUAUGAAAAGAUGCCAAAGCUCAUAACCACAGUAAGAAAAAUUGAAAGUUACACAAAGCUGUAGUUCACACGUCAGGAACUGCUAUUUAGUGUAAACCACCUGCAAGUCAGGAACAGUGAAAUUCACAAUAACUGCCCUGCUAAGAACUUUAUUUAUAUAAAGAUUUCCAUUCUGUUUUACCAAUUGGGAACACCUUAAUGUUUAAUAUUUAAACUAUUGGUAUCAUUUUUCUAAUGUAUAAUUCAUAUUGCCAGGGUAAAAUAUGUACAGUGGCAAUGCUGGUGUUAAAGUUUAAACAAGCUUUGGAAAUAACACUUUCAUAUUUAUAGAUGUCAUGGAUUUAAUAGUUAUUUAUGUUUUAAAAAUAGAGUAGUUAAUAUCUGAUCUAAACCAUCAAUAUACAUUUUUACAGUAAUUAACAUACAGAUACACAACAGUGUAAACUGACUAUAACAAAAAAACAUACAAAUAUUUCAGUAAUGUAAAUUGUUUGAAAAGGUCGCUGCAGGUAAACUAUAUUUCAUCUCUAAGGUCUUGGCCAAAUAAUUUACAAUUCACAGAAUAUUUAUGGAGGUGCUUUUUUUUCUUUAAAACAAUUUUUCUUAAUUAAGACUUUAUUCAUGCCAAAGUUAAUGAGGAAAAACUCAAAACUAGUUGAAGAUCAUUAUAGGCAAAAACUACCCAUAGUCUACAUUAUUUCACUUAAUACUAAGUCGAAUAAAGGAAAUUUUAUGCCAGUAAGAGCCAAAGUCACAUCUUUAAUGUCUGCAUGUUUGAUACCGUUUUAAAAUAAUGUCAUGCUAGUGCCAAGAUUUACUAAAUGUCUAAAAUUGGCCCACUGGACCUAUUCAAAUUCAAAAAAGCUUGAUUCUCUGUGCAUAACCAAAAUAUGAAAAUAAUUGAAAUAGCUUAGAUUGGAAAAAAAUCUUGAUGUUUUAAAUUGAAGAUUCAAUAAUUAAUAUUGAUGACUUUCUAUUAAAAACUUUAUCUGCAGUUGGAGAGGCCAAUAGCCACUACUUUCAAAGUGAAUUGUUUGUUGUUUCUGGGUCCCAACAAGUAUGGAGAUGUUACAGAUGUGAUCUUAAUUAAGAAAAGUAAGAUUGGAUUAGCAGAUCAUCUCAUCAGUGUAAAUAAUUUUGCAUACUUUCAGAAUAAAAACUUUGCUCCAUUUCUGGUCCCUUCAUAACCAGCAUCUUUUGCUGAAGAAAUGAACUGACUUGUAUUGUUUUUUUAAAGCCUUAUACAUAAAAAUAUUUUUGUUCCAUUUUGCUUUCAUGAAUGAGAAGAUUAUUGACACGGUUAAUUCUUGAAUUUUGAUUUUUUUUUUAAUUUGAAGAAAAUUUAUACUAUUUUAAUUUUUUUCCAAAAUGGUCUGGCAUUUAAGAUUUAGUGCUAGUAACCACCCCUAAAUUUACAGUAAUUGGCAUGUUUAAUUAAUAAUAGUGUAUCAAUAAAUAUUUUAAAACUGUGGAUACAUAUACAAGGAGUGGGAUGCAUUAGUGAAAUAUAUGUGAAAAUUCCUGAUUCAUUUAGAAAGUGCUUCAGUUGUCUCCUGCAUAGUUCAAAAGUGAAUGUUUCCAGGAUUCUUUUAUGCUUUUUUUUUUGAAGAGUAAAGUGUACAUUUGAAUAUGAUUAAUUUCUUAACACUGGACUCCUAGGAAUAACUUUCUAAAAAUUACUGUUCUGUAUAAAUAAGCUUUGAAAUUCAAGUACAAAAAACAUCUGAAACAAAAAAUAUUCUUUUGGCUGUGACUCUAGUGCACUGUGGCAGUGCCAUUUGCUCAGGACCCAACUCUGCAGCCCUUCUGUGUGUGUCCUCCCUCUUGAGUUGUUUUGCCCUUGCACACACAGGCCUUCCUGACUGGUCCUUAGAAAAGCCGGGCUUCCAAAGCACUGUUGAACACUGAUGGUUCAAUUGUUAAUGUGGCUGUUGGAUGAGUUGUAUUUUAAAUAUCAAAGAUUAUUAAAUAAAGAUAAUGUUUGCUUUUUUUA